UAGAAAUAGUUAUUUCGUUAGCUGUCAUAUUUCACCAAUGCUCAUCCUUGCGAUUUAGCUGUUGUUGCUGCUUAAUUCAGUCGCUCGAUCGUUUUAAUGAAAAUUCUGACGUCGCUAUGUAACUCGUAAAAAUGACUGGGUUAAUCGUCUUUUGUACGAUCUGUUUUGUUCUCUACUGCAUUUUCACCUGGGUGAUACCAAGACUCGUGGCAUGGCUGGUAAAGAGACGAUACAAAAUUUAUCUACGAGUCGGGCACAUUUCGCUACCGUAUUUUAUACUUCGGGACGUAAACGUUUCGAAAAAUGGUUUCACGUUGCAAGUCGAGGAAGUUAGUAUACGUAGCAGUUUGUUUAGCAGCGACGUAGCAAAACUCUUGGCGGUGAUCAUGAAAGAUGUUAGAGUUAACAAGGAUGUUCCGAUUAAAGUCCCGUGCAUUGUAAAGAAACCCAAAGAACCGAUGGAUUUUAGGAAUAAGAAAAUUCCAUCCAUAAUCAUAACAUUUGUGCAGUUUAUGGCUGUGCACGUAGAGAAUUUAAAUCUUCUGGUCUUGGGUAACGGUUGGCUCGCUAAUGGAAGCGCAGAGAGUCUCACUUUGGAUGGCAGCGUUGUUCACGGAGCCCGUACUCUUCUCGCGUCCGCAUCUGUUAUUGGUGGCGCCAUGAAGUUGUUACGCCACGCGUCGGAUGCCUGUCUUUUGCAAAUAUCCUUCGCUAGUACAGCCGAAGCUACUUUGAAAGCACAAGGAGAACUGUCUGUGGAGAAAUUGUACAUCGGAAUAACGCAGACAGAGGGUUCUGGAGGAGCAGGUCUAAUUAGCUUCUUCAAAGACAGAAGUUCGUUAAGCGCUACAUCUUCGUAUUCCGAUGCGGAUGUCAAUACUUCCAACGAUUUAUUGGCUCGCUUAGCACCAGUUAUACCAAAGGAUUUCAUGCUGAAAGUAGGUAAUACAUCGAUAAUCACGGGUAGAGAAGAUGGGAUGGUACUUGGUUUGGAAGGUACGAUGAAGGGCCUUCAAAUUAACACGAAAUUCCAACCGUGUGGCAUGCAGUUAAAUCUUACUUUAAAUUUGGAUGGGCUGUCUGUUCGUAGCAAACUUCCUAUUUUGACGUUACGAUCGUUAUUAAUAAAUUCAAAGGUGGAACAAAACGUUUUACAAAUUGCUACGCAAAUCAAUACACUUUCGAUCAUUUACGAUCAUAAAGAUUGGGAGACAAUAUUAUGCAGCACCGAUCACGAAAUUUCAGAGCCUGUCGGGAGCAUAACAUUAAAGAAUAAAUUACCUUGGUUAGACGUAAGAGUGAACACCGAAUUUUACGAUUCGUCCCUAAGCGUCAAGUUGUUGGAUGUCGAUGAAGUUUCAUGCGGGGUAGCUCGUAUGAAAUUUUCUCUAAACACACCUACAGACACGAUCGAUGGUUGGAAUACGGAAUUGGUUGUGGAAUCCUUAUAUUGUACUUUAAACGGUUCCAGUACCGUUACCGAGGAAACGUCUCAUCGAUGGGGAACACCUCUGUCUAUCGGGGUAUUAUUAGCUACAACGCGUACCAAUGCCAUAGGGAUCGCGGUGGAUGCUCUCGUAACCGAAUGGAGUUUGGAACUUGCCAGAUUUCUCGAAGAAGCGUAUAAAUGCACUCAAAGGUACAGAAGAACCGAAACAACAAAAAAGACUAGCGAUCCGGAUAAUGUCAUUCAAUUGAAUCUCAAAAUUACGAAUUGUAAUUUAUUCUUUAUCGCAGAAAAUAAUCUAUCCGUUAUGACACGUUUGGACACUGCAAAUUUAGAGCACAACGCGAAACGGCUAGUGGCCGUGGCGGAAGGCGUGAGCGCGAUAACUUUGAAUAAAAACGAGCCGAUCACCUGUCAACAUGCACAAGCAUUGGUUCACCCCUUCUUAGCUAUAAAAAAAUGCAAAGGUGCUGUCAGUUCUGAAACUAUAAACAUCAGUCUGGAUGGAACUAAUUUGGCUUGGAGUCCUAAUUUACAUCUCCGACUUUUGCAACUCUGGCUGGAGUCUGUAGACUUCAGAUCCAUUAUAAGUCGAGACACGUCUUCGAUCGACGUUCAAAACGGAAGAGUCGAAAAGCCGAAACGGGUGUUGGACAUACUGGCUACCGGCGGUAUCAGCCUGUCUAUAGAUAUAUCUCCUAAACACUUCCUAGAACUUUCGUCGGAUCAAUUGCGUUGGUCGCAAGGAGAAUGGAGGUUGAAUUAUGUUCGCGCUACGUUAGACAUGGCCGACAUAAUUAUGAUAGAAGGUUUCGAGCUUGUUAAAGUAUCGGAUAACGCGGAAGUACGGAUAGAAAGACAGAGUAGCGAGGGUUUCGUUCUGGAUUGGAACGACACUUGGGCGCUCAAUAUCGAAUCGGUAAAGGCUUGCUUUCCAUACGAGCAUCAGUUCACCGACGCGAUUCAGAAUGAAUUGUUCAGUAUAAGGAAAUGGUUGAAGGAGAUUCAUUCUUCUUCGAGCACCGGGAAUCUACGUUUACCGCGCGAUUUGAUCGUCAAGAUAAAAGAGUGGGUGUUCGAAGUGAGCGACGACCCGUUCGAAGUACGAUUGCGGGAUAAUUACGAGCUUUUGGAGGACGAGUAUAAAGAGAGCUUGAAGCGCCAGGCGAUGCUCGAUGCUAAAGUACAAGUGCUCUGCCGUACUCAUUUAUUAUUGCCCCAGGAUAAAGUCGAGGAACUUUACGCCAGUUUGAAUAAAAAGAACGCCGAGAUCUACGUUCAAAGAUGGAAGCAAAUGCAACGCGCCGGGCCAGCGAGAACGCGACUGUUCGCGUGGUCCAUGUUAGACCUCGAGAUACUGAUCUUGGCUGAUCCGACGAUUAACGGUACGGAGAACGCGACGAAAGCCAUCAGGGAAAUGGACGCGGAGACGCCCUGGCCCGAGGACGGCCUCGAGUUCAGCGCGCUCUGGGUCAGAGGAAUAAGCUUGAAGUGCGCCGAAUGGAAACUUCAGCUACGAGAUUUCCCACAGCCGUUGCUGUUGGUCGAGAGUUUGAGCGUGUGGGGUAGGCUAGCUGGCGCGGAGGCCCUGGCACCUCCGAGAGCCAGGCGCACUGUGAGAAUCGAGAUCGGCGCGCCUUGGGAGGACAUCGUCGUAGAAAGAGGAAUGACGUCCUUAAAGUACUAUCACGAUCUCAAUUGGGACAUCGAUAAAUUUCGUUACGCGUUCGGUCCGUGCUGGGAGCCCGUGAUAGCCCAGUGCAAUCUCAGCUUCGAGAAGAUACUUCAUCCGUCGCGGGACCCGAGCCCUCCGUUGCCAUUCUGGGACAAAAUGCGUUUAUCUUUUCACGGUAGAAUAACGCUCUGCGUGAAACAGUUGACGGUGUUGUUGCACGGUUCACUGGAUCCGUACAAUACCACGGAAGAGAUGGAACUGACGUGGACGGGACUAGAGCUCGAUUGGACGCAGGGAAAGAUCAUCGUGAAAGGAGACUUGGACGUUUACGUUCGCACGGCGAGCAAAUACGACGAUUGCAGGUUGCUCCAUUUACCGAACGUUCGGCUGAGUAUGAAGCUGGCUUGGGUUUGCUUGGGCGACCCCAGGGACCAUCAUACCGCGAUACCUUGCGCUGCCGAUCGACUGCCGGAGUACUCGAGCAACCAAGAGCACGAUUCGUUCAGAGCGUUCCGUUCGCAGAACUUGAACGUCAGCCUUUCGCUCGAGACGAAGCCGAUCUCCGGGUCUCCGGCGCUUACCAGCGCGCCAACAGCGUUACUUUAUGGGAGCACUUUGAGAUGGUUCGAGAACCUAAAGUUCAUCUUGUCAGGCGCGACGAGGCCGACGAGGAAAGGGCCGCUCUUCAAGAACAUCAGACCCCGGAAGAAACAACUCAGUCGACACUACAGAAAAGUCAGGCUGACUUUGGCUUUCCAUCGAUUUCACGUUAGCUAUUGGAUGUCGUUCGCGAUGCAACGCGGAUUCGAGGUAACUGGCGGGAGGGUGGCGUGUAGCUCCGAACACAAUUUGUCGUUGCAUCCGAUCGACGACGGUUUGAUACACCGGCCGCGAGCCGAGUGGUCGGUGGUUUACAUGAACUGCGAGCUCAGCGACGCGGAGAUUUGGCUGAAGAGCGCUCUCCAAGAGGACAAGGAGAGCGCGUCGCUGCGACAACCGGUCGAGAAGUGUUAUUGCUUGAGCGUGGCGCGCGUCAGUUACGGCAGAGAGGCGAUGGUGACAGGAGUGAGCGGAGGAGACACUCCCACGCACAGGCUCGUCGUCCACGAUUUGAAAGGAGCUUGGACGAAGACGAACAGAGACGUCGCUUUCGCGCUCUUCGAUUCCUUCAUAAAGACUCAACAGCUGAAAAAGAAUCUUUCGACCGCUGCGCUGAAGGGUUUCCACAGAGAAAAUUCGUCGACUUCGCACAAGAAUCGCACGAGAUCCGUCGAGCCGAAAAUCGUACCGACGCAGAUCACCUCGUCUUCCGCGACGAAACCGCAACAGGGAGAGGCGGUCGGGAUGCUCCAGAGAUUGAUCGCCGAAGCUGCGAACAAACCAGUCGCGUUCAGCGACGAUCUCUCGGUACAAACCAGAGGCCAACAACUACGAGGACUGGCGGCUUGUCACCAGGACGACGUUUUGCACAAAAAUUGGCUGAUUGCCUUGGUAAACAGUCAGGUAUUAUUGAAAGGUAUCGAGACACGGGGUUACGUGAUACUGUCCGCAGCCAAAGCUGAAAUAUUGCAGAGAAUUCACCAACCGGUAUGGAAGGAGAGAACUUUAGUAUCGAAGACAACGUGGGUCGGGUCGUUGGAAUGCAUGCAGUAUUAUGCGACGGUCAGCGCCAACAUCGACGAGAAUAUCGACGAUAAUAUAAUGUGGCUGACGUUGGACAAUAUACAGGAAAAAGAUUCGACAGUGAUAGCUGGUCUACCGGACGUACCUGCAUUGGUAGGUUCUGGACAAAGCGUCGGAGGUGUCGUGAGUCAAACCGUUGGCGGCGGUGGCGGGCCCCAACACCAACUUCAACGUAUCGUUUCGAGGUGCAAAUGCGAGUUCUUUUACGUUGGUUACGGCCAGGCAUUGGACGUCGGGUGUAUCGAUCAAGUCCCUCCGCCACCGAGGGAAGAAGUCAGCCUGUGGGAGAGAAAAGAACUUUCAGCUGCCGACGCGUUCACGUUGAUGCAUCACGACUUGGACGUUUGCACGAAUUCCUUGCAGUAUGCUAUGAUUUUGGAUAUCGUGAAUAAUUUGUUGCUUUACGUGGAACCGAGAAGAAAAGAGGCGUCGGAACGGUUACAGAGAAUGAGAUUUCAGUUACAACUACAUUCCGUGCAGGAUCAAAAGCGACCGAUUCAACAGCUGCAGAACACCGUGCGGGGAUUGGUAGCGAAAUUGAGAAGAUUGGAACGCGAAACGUAUUUGGUGCAGAAAGCUCUCGCAGAGGAGUCCAGUCCUGAAUUGCUGGCAGAAAUGGAACGGUUGGAGGCGAGAGUUUUCGAAUGUAAGGAAAAAUUAUCCGCGAAGGCCGAAGAACUCGACGUGAUGUUGAGUUGCUACAAAGAAACCACCGCCCCCGCCACAGCUUCGACUACGUUGAAAGAUAAACCAGCAGCGGUCGCGAGAGUGGCUGAAAUUUGUUUCAAGCACGCCCAGUGGAGGUUGACCGAUGCGGAUGGACAGUUGGGUAUCGCGGAUCUUAUUUUAACCAAUUUCCUGUACACCAAAACCAGUAAAACCGAUGAUUCCGUCGAGCAUCUCCUAGAGCUGGGAUACGUUAAGAUGACCAAUUUAUUACCAAAUCAAAUUUACACGGAAGUUUUGACGCCCACAGAAUUACAAAGUAACAUGCCCGUUGAAAGGCAAAGAGCCCUUCGAGUAUUUUGUAGGGAAAAGGCACCGGUUGCUGGAAUAUCCGUUAAAGAACAUUUCGAGAUCAAUGUGGUCCCUUUAACGCUAGGUUUGACGAAGAAGUUUUUCAAUACAAUGCUGAAAUUUUGUUUCCCCGAGAGAGAUCCGGAUGGAAUAGAAGAGCCUCCUGCGCCUCAACGAGAUUCCUCAUUUUACGUACCGAUCGAAAGAAGAGAUGACGUAGAAAAGAUGAAAGAAAGAGCGGAUAAAAAUAAACUUUUCAUAUACAUAAAAAUACCAGAAGUACCUGUUCGUGUUUCUUACAAGGGAAAUAAAGAGAAAAAUCUGGAAGAUGUUCGCGACUUUGCUCUAGUAAUACCAACGUUAGAAUAUCAUAAUGUUACGUGGACAUGGCUAGAUCUCCUUCUGGCUAUGAAAAGCGAUUCUAGGCGUGUAAUAUUAAGUCAAGCUAUUAAACAGAAAUUACAGAUCAAGCCAAGAGGUCCACAGGAAGAGUCUGCUCCGCAAGAAGAAGAUAAAGCUCGACUUUUGUUGGGUGCUAGGCAUCUACCUGGUGACGCCAGAAAGAAAGGUGUAUUUAAAUUUAAAUAGUCGAUUAUUCCUGCCCUUGGAUAUUGGUAUUCAUUGUAAUAAAAUAUUUAAUAAAAGAAGGGAAUCGGAUGCAUUGAACGUGUAGUACCUAGACUAGACUGUAUGUACAUCUUUGGUAUUAAGUGUUUUUAUUCAAACAAAACAAUAUUCGUAAACUUUUCUAUUUAUACUUAUUGUACAAUAAAACUCGAAGUUGUAUAAUAGUA